UCGGGACCGCAGCGGCUUCCUUCAGGUUCAGAAUCCGGACUGGAGCAAAAUGACAGCGAGAAAGUCCGGGUCGCGACUAGAGACCGAAAUAGAGCGUUGCCGGUCCGAAGGACAAUGGGACAAGAUUCCGGAGCUCGUGCGACAGCUGUCUGCUAAAUUAAUAUCAAAUGAUGACCUGGGCGAACUGCUCCUCGGGGAGGCGAAGCUCCAACAAUACUUGAAGGAGAAUCCCAUCAAGCAGGGAGCCAGUCCCCGAGGAGCACGGCCCAAGCUGGUGGAGGUUCGUAAGCACCUGACAGCAGCUCUGGACCGCGGGAACCUCAAGACUGACUACAUGCUUGAGGCCCGAUUACUAAUGGCCAAGCUGAGCUACGUCGAGGGGGAUUACCGGGAGGCCCUUAACCAGUAUUCCCAGGUGGCAAUGGAUGAUAUGCUGGUGGGCGCCCCUGUUUAUCGUCUGUGUAUGAUUGCAGAAGCCUACGCUACCAAAGGAUUGUGCCUGGAGAAGGUUCCCACAGCUUCCCCAUCCAUCUCUAAACGCAGCCCGGAUGCUGACCAGGAGAUCAUCACCUGCUAUGAGAAGUCAGGGGACAUCGCAUUGCUCUAUCUCCAAGAGGUGGAGAAGGCCCUGAGUGCUGGCAUGCAGAACCGUAGCCCUAAACCUGGCCCAGUGACACAGGAGCAGGAGCUGGGAUACUUUCUGGAAACUGGUCUUCAAAGGGCUCAUGUCAUCCAUUUCAAAAAUGGCAAUUUGACUAGAGGGGUUGGCCGCUUUCGUGAGAUUCUCCGAGCUGUUGAGACCAGAACCACACAGAACCUGCGAAUGACCAUUGCCAGGCAGCUGGCGGAGAUCCUACUUAGGGGCAUGUGUGAGCAGAGCUACUGGAGCCCCUUAGAAGACCCUCCCCAACAGUCACCCCUCAAUGACUCCCUGAGGCAGUGCCCUCUCGUCCGGGACUACACCCUCAGCCGAAGGCCCCGUGUUUACUCUGGGGAAAACCUGUUCUGCCCACAGGAGAACACGGAGGAGGCGUUGCUCCUGCUGCUCAUUAGUGAGUCCAUGGCUAAUAGAGAUGCAGUUCUGAGCAGAAUUCCAGAACACAACAAUGACCGUAUCAUCAGCCUGCAGAGUGCCUCUGUGGUGUAUGACCUGUUGACAAUUGCACUAGGCCGACGGGGCCAGUAUGAGAUGCUUUCAGAGUGCCUAGAGAGAGCCAUGAAGUUUGCCUUUGAGGAGUUCCAUCUGUGGUAUCAGUUUGCCCUGUCUCUGAUGGCUGCUGGCAAAUCUGCCCGGGCAGUGAAGGUGCUGAAGGAGUGCAUUCGGCUGAAGCCAGAUGACCCUACCAUCCCAUUGUUGGCUGUGAAACUGUGCAUCGGCAAUCUGCACUGGCUGGAGGAAGGUGAGCGUUUUGCCAAGAUGGUGGUGGACAUGGGGGAGAAAGCGUCAGAGUUCCGGGCAAAGGGCUAUCUGGCGAUCGGCCUGGUCUACAGCCUGCGAGCCACAGACGCCUCACUCCGUGGGACACAAGAGGAGUACCAAAGGAAAGCCCUGGGUGCCUUUCAGAGGGCCCAGAGCCUUUCUCCCACAGACCACCUGGCCUCCUUCUACCUGGCAUUGCAGUUAGCGGUCUCUCGACAGAUCCCUGAGGCACUGGGCUACGUGCGGCAGGCUCUGCAGCUGCAAGGUGAUGACGUGCACUCGCUGCACCUGCUGGCCCUACUGCUGUCUGCACAAAAGCACUACCAUGACGCCCUCAACAUUGUGGAGAUGGCAUUAAGCGAGUACCCCGAGAACUUCAUGCUGCUCUUCACCAAAGUAAAGCUGGAAACGCUAUGCCGAGGGCCAGAGGAAGGUCUGCUCACCUGCAAGCACAUGCUACAGAUCUGGAAGUCCUGCUACAACCUGACUAACCCCAGUGAUUCAGGUCGAGGUAGCAGCUUGCUUGACCGUGCCAUUGCUGACAGGAGACAGCUCAACACCAUGACCCUGCCAGACUUCACGGACCCUGAAACAGCUUCCAGCUCCUGCUCCUCUGUUUCAAGGUCUGAGCCCUCCUCUUUCGUUCAUGUGCCCCCUCUUCAUCCUGCCCCCACUCCCAGGCUCCUCCCUGCCGCGAAGCCCAUUCCCUUUGCCUAUUGUGACCACAUUCCUCUUCGACGGCCCUCAACCAGUAAUGCUGCACUGAGUGUGACUCACAUCAGCUCUUUUAUCCCGUGCUCUGUGCACGCCACAUCCAUGGCAGCCUCACGGGUUGAGCAGGCCCUAUCAGAAGUAGCUUCUUCUCUGCAGAGCAGUGCACCCAAGCAGGGGCCCCUGCACCCCUGGAUGACUCUGGCACAGAUCUGGCUCCAUGCAGCGGAGGUGUACAUCGGUAUGGGCAAGCCGGCAGAGGCCACGGCCUGCACACAGGAGGCUGCCAACCUAUUCCCCAUGUCCCACAACGUGCUUUUCAUGAAGGGCCAGGUGGCUGAGCUGCGGGGAAACAUGGAUGAGGCCAAGCGGUGGUACGAGGAGGCACUGGCCAUCAGCCCCACCCACGUCAAAACCAUGCAGAGACUGGGUCUGAUCCUUCACCAGCUCCAACGCUAUAGCCUGGCAGAGAAGAUUCUUCGUGAUGCGGUGCAGGUCAACUCCACGGCACACGACGUGUGGAAUAGUCUUGGUGAGGUGCUUCAGGCACAGGGCAAUGACGAUGCAGCCACAGAGUGCUUCCUGACUGCCUUGGAGCUGGAGGCCAGUAGUCCCAUCCUGCCUUUCACCAUUAUCCCCCGAACCCUGUGAUUGGGUACCCACUUUGGGACUUCAGUGAAAACAUCUGUGUUUCUUGUAAAUCAACAAAACCACAAAAAGACUGGCUCAACCCUUCCUCAAUGGUAUAGGGUGUGAUCAUGGCACCUCUCCCACCUCGAUCUGCAGUACUUGUGCCCUGAUUCCUUCACCUGUUGCGUGCAGGUGACUGUCCAACAGCGCAAGGUAGAAGAUGACAACGUGAGCAAAUGUAAAAUCCAGUUUGUAUGUUUAGAGAAUAUUGAUCCCUGUGUAGAAAUAUUGGAUUGCUGGGACACUGGUUACUUAUUUCUGCAAACAUAAAACCCUGGUGAGUUCAGUUAUAUUGAAAAAUCUGUUCUUGUUAAGGGAUUUUUUGUUUGUUUUAAAUGGAGGAUGAACUGUUGCCAAAAGAAAAUAUUUGGACUUCCUUGUGGCCAGUUAGGGUGAAAGUAAGCAACAGAAUAGUGGGACAGUUGGAGAAAUCGACUCUUCAGUGCUUCAAAGAGAGGGUGGAAGUCCCAGAAGUGGCUGAAGUGUGCCGGAGGACUAAAACCCAGUAGGCGUGAGGAGUAUGAGAGCCAGCCAGAUGAGACUCUAUGCAGCAGAAGGUCAGCACCACACAGAGGAAGCCCCCACCUUCCUGUCAGAGGGAUGGCUAAGCACCACAGUAGGGUUGGAGGGCUGGUGGAAAGCCACUCUCAGACAGCCCACACCCAGGACAGACCUCUAUGCCUGGAACCUGCAUGGAACUACUCCCCCCUGCGCUCAAGCAGUGUGUUUUGUGUGCCUGUGGGUAUCCAUGUUUCCUUGUCUUUCUAUGUAUUUAGACCACUGAGAAGUUCCACUUCACGUGGCAUAACUUGAAAGGUGUGUAUUCUGUGUGAAACUGAAAUGGACAACAUUGUACACAUUGUCGGUGUAGUGCUUUGCUACAGGUUCUGUCCUCCAGUGUGUCCUUAUUGUGCGUGCAUUGGUUAUUCCUGCUUUCCCCAGCACUCUGGCACUUGUUACCAUGUUUGCGGUGACCGUGGACGCUCAGGGCUGCAGUUACGCACAUGGUUUAUGAGAACAGUUUAAAUGAAGCUAAACUAAACCCUGUAGGUCAGUAGCUCUCAAAACCUAAUGCCAAAAAUGGUUAGUUUACAAGUAAAUAUGUGUCAUAAUUGAAUACAAGGAUAUAAUUUUUUCAUCUUACAUUUGAGGUCAAAUGGAUAAUUGCAGAUCUGUUAUGAUUAGUAGGAGUUUUUUUAGUAAAUUAUAUUUUACAGCAGGUUGUGUUACAGAUUUUAUGGACUUUCAAUAUUUAUUUUUUUCUUUGUUGAGUAGCUUAUACUGAAAAUGGAAAGCAGCGAUGUGUCUGUUUUGUUCUGUUCGAUUGUGACACUAACUAGGAGAUGGAGGGGCAACACUGCCAUAUCUGCACAACGUUGGCCCUCAAGGCCCGCCGGUGUGUUGCCUCAAGCUGCAGUCCUCUGUAUCCCACAGCAUUGGCUGCGUCCGUCUAGGUCUGUGCAAUAGAGACAGGGCGCCCACCUGGGCAGUGGUGUGAGCACAGACCUGAACGAAUGCUUCUGGAAAAUGUUUAAUGAUGUCAAUAAAAGAGC